AUGUCACGGGUCAGCGUGCAGACGGUCUCUGUCCAGGUCUACGUCGUCCUGCUGCUUCUGGUGCUGAAGAGCGCAGCGGGGAGCAGGCCGUGCGUCAGCGCGCACGCAGCGGACCGGCGCGCCACCAGGCUCCUGCGCUACUGGGACAAGCUCCGCGCUUUGACCGUACACCGAAACCACAGCAGCACGUGUGUACAGACUGGCGCACAGCUGCACAGCGAGCGCUCCCUGUCCCCCUGGAGGUACAGUAUAGAUGUGGAUGUCAACAGGAUUCCAUGUGAAAUCGCUGUUGCGAACUGCAUCUGUCAGGGCUGCAUCAUCAACCAACGUGAAGACCUGAGCUACAACUCUGUGCCCGUGGUGGUGCCGCUGAUGGUCUUCAGGAAGGCUGUGUGUCCCACUGACCCACAAAGAUACCGGAUCUCACGGGAAGUUAUUACAGUUGCUGUGGCCUGCACUUGUGUUACGCCACGCAGCAAUAAAUGAAAUUUUAGUUUUUAAAUCACUAAUA